AAUUCAAAUCAAAAAUCUAACAAAAAAAAACAGAAAACAAAUGUGACAAAAGGGAAGAAGCAAAAAAGUGAUGAGAAGCAAAGUGUUGAUGCUGAUAAAAUCGUGAAGAUCCAGAUGCCAUCGACAUUGAAGAAGCAAUUAGUUGAUGAUUGGGAGUUUGUUACACAGAAGGACCAGCUUGUCAAACUACCUUGCUCCCCAAAUGUAGAUGAUGUGUUGAAGAAGUAUCUUGAAUAUCGAACAAGAAAAGAUUGCAAGAUGACUGAUUCAAUUGCAGAAAUUUUGAAUGGAUUACAUUGCUAUUUUGACAAAGCACUGCCAUUGAUGCUCUUGUACAAAAACGAAAGGCAACAGUAUCACGACGUUGUAACUAGUAACAUAUCCCCAUCAAUUGUAUACGGUGCAAAACAUCUAUUGCGUCUUUUUGUUAAAUUGCCUGAACUGUUGGCUUAUGUAAACAUUGAAGAGGAGACAAAGACUUGCUUGCAGCAAAAACUAGUUGAUUUUCUUAUAUUUUUGCAAAAGAAUCAAAGUACCUUUUUUGUUUCUGUAUAUGAUGGCUCUAAGGCUGCAAUGGGAACGAUUAAGAGUGAAGAUAAUAAAAGUUGA